AUGUCAGAUGAAUUAGAUAGAAUACUUUCAAUAGAAGAAUCAGCAUUAAAUAAAAAUAAAGAAAUCGAUAGGAUAUUAUCAUGUUCGGAAUUAGAUUAUUUUUCAAUUCUUGAAAUUAAUCCAAUAUCACCAUCAUAUAAUUCAAAUGAUUUACCAACAUUAGUUAAAAAACUUUAUAGAAAAAAAUCACUACUUAUACAUCCUGAUAAAAUCGAUAAUCCUAAAGCACCUGAAGCAUUUGAUAAGUUAAAAAAAUCAGAAUUUAAAUUAAAUUCAGAUUUAGAAUCAGAUAUUAAUGAAAUUAAACAUUUACAAUCUAUUUAUGAUGCUUAUAAACCAAAAGAUGCCACAAAAAUAAUUGAAUUUAAUGAUGAUAUUAAUAUAAAGAUAAGAAAUAAAGUUAAAGAAGUAUUAUUAGAUGAAAUAAAUCAAGAAAAUUUAUCAAAAAUUUAUAAACAACAUGAAACUAUACGUAAAGAUGAAUUAAGAAAGACUAGACAAGUUGAAGAACAAUUAAAAAGGGAAUUGAAGAAAAAUUGGGAAGAUGAAAGAGAUGUAAGAGUUGAUAAUUGGAGAAAGUAUAGUAAUAAAGUUGAAAAGAAACAAUUGAAGAAGAAAUCUACAAAAAAGAAAAAAGUACUUGUAUAA